AUGGACUCGGUCUGCCUCCGUUUCCUCAUUGUCGUGUCCCUGUGGGCAGCCGCGGUGGUCAGCGCCCCGCCGCGCGAUUGGCGGUUCCCAGGACUACUUGAUGCGACGAUCAGUGACAUUCAGUGGGGCUUCGAGAAAGGAUGCUUCAACUCAACCGACCUUGUCGAGGCAUAUCUCGAGCGAAUUCAAGAAGUAAACGGGCGACUCCAUCCUGUGACAGAGGAGAAUCCAGAUGCGCUGAGCAUCGCAGCAGCUUUGGACAUAGAGAGGGCUACAAAGGGCCCCAGAGGCCCUUUACAUGGUGUUCCUAUUCUACUCAAGAACAACAUUGCCACCAAAGACAAGAUGAACAACACAGCUGGAUCACAUGCCUUGUUGGGAGCGAAGGUUCCUCGCGACUCAACCAUAGCCCGGAAGCUUCGAGAGGCCGGCGCAAUCAUCCUCGGCAAGGCCAACAUGAGCCAAUGGUGCGGAUGGCGCAGCGGAAACGGCACACACGGAUGGUCAUCGCACGGCGGCCAGACCAUCGGCGCUUACUACCCCAACCAAGAUCCGUGGGGAAGCUCCAGCGGCUGCUGCGUAGCGGUGAGCGUGGGCCUGGCCGCGGCGGCGGUUGGCACCGAGACACAAGGAUCGAUCCUUUCUCCAGCGGGUCGAAACGGGGUUGUGGGCAUCAAGGCGACGGUAGGACUCGUGUCGAGAGACAUGGUGAUUCCCGUCUCGGAGCACAUGGACAGCGUCGGACCGAUGGCACACACGGUGAAAGACGCAGCGCAAGUCCUGCAGGCCAUCGUGGGCGACGACCCAAACGAUAGGCACUCUUCGACGAUCAUGCCCACCAUCCCCAACUACGUGGACGCUUGUCGGCUGCGAGACAUUUCCCAUAUGCGCAUUGGUGUGCCGUGGCAUUUGAUUCGUGAGGCGCCAGAUGCGGCGUUGCCUCACGAGCUACAGUCCUUCGCCAAGAUGCUGGCCAUCUUUGAGGAAGCCGGGGCUCAGAUCAUCGAAACCAACAUCCCAAUGGCGAAGGAACUCCUGGAGGCCCAAUCCAUAGUGCCGUUUGCUGACUUCCCGGCCAACCUUGCCUCGUACUUGUCCCAGCUCACCGCCAACCCAAACAACAUCAACACGCUAGAAGAACUGCGUGAAUGGACGAGAAAUAACCCGGUGGAGGAGUACCCUCAGCGUGACACCCUUCUAUGGGAUGCAUCGCUGGAAGUGCAGGCCGACGAAUGCGGCAGCGACACGAGCUGCUACGCGGCGGAAAAGGCGCAGUUCGAGCAACUGGUCGUUACGGGAGGACAUUUCGCGCCCCUCGAGAGGGACAACCUAACGGCGAUUGCCCUGCCGACUUCGAUAGCGCCUUACUGGACGGCCAUCACGGGAGCGCCAGCGAUAACGCUGCCCAUGGGAUACUUCCCGGACGAUGCGCCAGUCAUCCAGAGCGACUCGGGCAAUCUCGUGGACGUGGCGCCGGGCAUACCAAUGGGCAUCAGCUUCCUUGGACGGAAAUGGUCUGAAUUCGAUCUUAUUGAGCUGGCGUACAACCUGGAAAGCCACACGCGGGUGAGGCAGCGGCGCAGGCUCAUGGUCACUCCUUCGAAGGAGUUGAACCUCCCCAGAGCGUGCCGUAAGAUCGGAACAUAA